AUGGAAAAAUUACUGGUUAUUCGUCUUUUAUGUCUAGAACAUUUUAUUAAUGCAUUAUCUCAAUAUGUUAUUAAACAAAUUGAUUUCAAUACAAUUCAAAUAAAUGAUUAUGAUUUUCAAGGUAUUAAUAUUAUUACAUUGCCAAAUAUUCCUCAAUAUCGUGAAGAUAUUUUAAAAACUAAAGGAAAAAAUGUUAAUCCAAUUGAUUGUCAAUUUACAAAUAUAGUUUAUGAUUUAAUCGAUAAUGAUAUAGUAUAUUUAAGAAAUGUUCAUUUAUCAUCCUUUUCUACUCUUUUUAAACAAAUUCGUUCUAAAGGUCAACAUGACGUUGCUAUAACAAAAGAUGUAUCUAUAGAUUUGAUUUAUCUUGGUGCUCGUCUUUAUCAUUACGAUUGUUGA